UUGGAGACAUUUCAAGAUGGCGAUCAAAUCGCAGGAGUGGAUGACACGGAACAAGGUUACUUAGAAGAAGCCUUUGAUCAGGACUAUGAACCUGAAGAUGAAGAUGAACGUGAUAUCAACCUACAUGGACAAUUCGAUGAUAUCAAUGACUCCAAAAGAGAAGAGCUCUUGGCAGAUGCAGACAAUGGUGUCGAUGAUAUGCCAGAACUCACUGUCAGAUUCCAAGGAGAUGAUGACUAUGAAUCAGACGACGAUUUGGGUGAUGAAGGUGAUGAAGAGGAAGAACCUAUUGUAGCCAAUUUGGAUCACUAUCAAGAAAAUGUUGAUAGAGGAACCGAUGAUAUUGGGAGCCUCGUUACUGAUCUGAAGGACCUACAAGAACCGCCAGAAGAAGAGAUUGUAUUUGAGCCUGAAAUGCCUCAAGUAGCAAAAGUCACUUGA